AUGGCAGAUAAUAUUCGAUCAAUGCGAAUGUCAAUAAUCAAUGAUAAAAUAUUUCAAUGUGUUCAAUCAACCUGUUUACCAUUUCUUAAUCUCACGACAUCCAGUAUUCUUCAAUGUCAAAUCGAUUGUUUAAACAGAAAUCAAUGCAUGGUAGUUACUUUCUAUAAAUCAAACUUACAGUGUCAAUUAUUUAAUGAUUCAUUAAAUCAAAAUGGAAAUAUGUCAAAUGAAAUGAAUGUUGUUACAAUGAUUUCAAUUGUUGGAACACGAUAUCCACCCGAUCUAACUCUGAUUCCAACAUCAACAACAUCCACGUCAUCAUCAACAUCAUCCACAUCAUCCACAUCAUCAUCAACAUCAACAUCAUCAUCGUCAUCAACAACAACAGAAGCACCACGUGGUAAGUAG